UUAGUUGAUUCAAUUCAUAAAGACUUUAAAAAUCAUCGCGGGGAUGAACCAGCCUCGGGCUGAAUUUCCCCUUAAUAAAGAAUCAAUCAAUCAAUUAAAUAUCAUUUGUUAUUUUGUUUCAAUUAGUUAAUAAAGUUUUCAGAAUGCUUUAGUUGACUCGGUAUUAUGGAAAAUUAUCAUUAGAUUUCUGUAUACAUUCCUGAUGAACUCGGUUUAUGUUUUUGAUAAAAAGUUUUGUAAAAAUUAGAUAUAUAAAAAAAAACGCAGUGCGGCGUUUUUCUACACCGCUUACAGAUAAUGAACCACUCGUGAGUGAGAUGCAGUUAACCGGUUCAGAAUUAUUGCUCCACCACUUGCAAUAUAAAUUAACGGAGGUACGCCACACGAUUCGGAUAUAGCAAAAAGUGGAAUGAAAAACUUUGUGAAUUUCAGCUCAAGGAAAUCCGGCGAAUUCAAUCUGAAAAAAAUGACUUUCGAGCAUAUCUAGAAUCUUUUUAUGUACAACCAAGAAAACACAAUUAGUAGCUGAGGCUAUCCUACAGAGCAUUAUCACAACAAAACCAAGGCUACAUGUACUUCCUCGGUUGACGAGUGGCUUAAAUUUUGGGAUGUAGAGAAAGUUGAUCACACCCCUCUCGGUCGACGGAUUCGAUUAAGAGUUUUGGAAUCAUUGAUUACUAUAAAAACCGAAGUCGAUUCGUCUGGCAAUCAUUCUCAUUUAUAGAGAACAACAACUAUCUUACAAAGGAACGGAAAAUGGCAUUCAAAUUUGUCCUUUUUGCGACCCUUCUUGCUGCAGCCAAUGCUGGAGUCAUUGCCCCUCAUGGCUAUGCAUCAUCUCAUCAAACAAUCCAGCACCAUCAUGCUGCUCCAGUUCAUCAUGUAGCUGCUGUCCAUGCCGCUCCAGUUCACCACGUGGCCGCCAUUCACGCUGCUCCAGUCCAUCACACCCUCGUGAAGGAAGUCGAGCACCACGCUCCAGCCAACUACGAGUUCUCGUAUGCUGUUCAUGAUGAACACACCGGAGAUAUCAAGAGCCAGCACGAGACCCGUCACGGAGAUGAAGUGCACGGACAAUACAGCCUUCUCGAUUCCGAUGGCCACCACCGUAUUGUGGACUACCAUGCCGAUCAUCACUCCGGAUUCAAUGCUGUUGUCCGUCGUGAACCAACUCACGUCAAGGUCGCCCAACCCGUGCACAAGGUUAUUGCCCAGCCAUUGCAUAUUGCUACCCAUGCCGUGGCUCCGGUGCAUCAUGCUUCCUACUCUCACCAACAUACUGCUCCAGUUGUUGCUCACGUUUCGCACCAUCAAGCUCCAAUUGUCCACUCCCACAGCACCCAUCAUGUAGCUCCAGUGUCCCAUGCAACCAUCUCGCAUGUUGCUCCAGUUGCUCACUACAGUCAUCACGAUGGACAUUAUGCCAGUGGUCUCUAUGGUCAUUACUGAAGUGCUGCUUUCAGACCAAAUCAAAAACUAUCCCAUCGAACCUGACGAAUUAUUCUAGCAAAAUGUUUAUUAAAUAAACUUUAUAAUUGUUGUGAUCAACGUA